AUGCUCAUGCAUUAUAACAAUCAAGUUACCAUCUUCAUUGUUGGCAAUCCCACCUUUCAUGAGCUUACUAAAGAUAUUCAAAUCGACUGUCAUUACAUUCGAGAUAAAGUUAUGUCUGAAUUUAUCUCUAGUUCUCAUGUGACAUCAUUUCAUCAGCUAACAGAUGUCUUCACAAAGAGUCUAGCCGGCAUCUCUUACAACGCCACGUGUACUAAGUUAGGCAUGUUCAACUUAUAUACUCUAAUUUGA